UGCGCACAUGGAAAGAAAACAGGAACUGGUUAUCCAGGGCAGAUGUGUUCGUUCUUAUACGAGGUUAACUGCUAUAAAAUAUUUCAUUGUGUCCCGGCUUGAAAUAUUGGAAAUCGAAGUGAGUGAUGGUUUAUAUAUUCACCCAUGCGUGAGAUAUCUGGAUUGUAAGUUGAUACCAAAAAAAUGGAAAUGUCCGCCAAAGAAGACUACAAGAUCCAGUCGUUUGACCCUGAAACUCAGAACCUUCUGAAAACAGCUCUCAAAGAACCAAGUUCAGUGGACCUGGAGAAGGUAGCUGAUGUUAUCGUGGAGCAAUCUCUGAAGGAUCAGGUGUUCAGCAAAGAAGCGGGCCGCAUCUGCUACACCAUUGUACAGGCAGAGGCCAAGCAGAGUAACGGCAGCGUGUUCAGGAGACGGCUUCUAACACGCCUCCAGCAGGAGUUCAAGGUACGAGAGGAGACCAGAGCACACUCGCUGCAGGAGUGGGUGUGCUAUGUCACCUUCAUCUGCAACAUCUUUGACUACCUCAAGGUGAACAACAUGCCCAUGGUGGCUCUGGUGCAUCCUGUGUACGACUGUCUCCUGAGGCUGGCCCAGCCUGAUGCCCUGCUGAACGAGGAGGAGGUGGACUGCCUGGUACUGCAGCUGCACCGCAUCGGGGACCAGCUGGAACAGGUGAAUGGCCCGCGCAUGGACGAGCUCUUCUUCCUGCUGAGGGACGGCUUCCUGCUGCAGGAGUCCAUCGGCUCCAUGGCCCGCCUGCUCCUGCUGGAGAUGCUGGAGUUCAGGGCGGGCGGCUGGAAGCUCAGCAGCACGGCCAACAAGUACUACUACAGCGAGCUGAGCGACUGAGGCGCCAGUGGGCCAAGAGUGCCCCAUUCAGCCAGCCAAUGCUAGAUUUGCAGCCACUCUGCGCCACGGCUAAUGGAGAGAGAAACACGAGAGGACCAGAGACUUCCUCGCUCUUGAUGACAUUUAAAGCAGAGACACAAAUGUUGAGAGUAGGAUAUAGAGAGUAAGACUUCUUCCACAGCUCCCUUUCCUUAGUCCAUGCUGUUUGGGACAAAUCUAAUUUGAUUGACAGCUACUCAUUCUGUUAAAUCAGAUAGAUUGCCGAAUUAGGAGUUACGAGUGCGGAUGUAAUGAGGUAGUGAAUCACGAUAUUUUGAAGGUAUCACAUGAAGGUAUGGAUUCCAGAGAAAAUGCAUUUCUUGAAAGCUGGUUCUAUCUUGUUCGCAGUCCAGUCUUGGUGAACAUUCUGAUUUUUCACCUCCUUAUCUAAUAUAUUUUAAUUCCUUAAAUAGCUUUGAUAGACAUUCCAGGCAGCUAAAUCAGAAUGGGCUGGCUAUAUAUAUAUAUAAAAAAAAUCAUUAUAACAUUAUUUAGAUCACUAUCAAUCAGAGUUGAGCAUAUGUCCUGGUUACUUUAAGUUACUAGCUAGAUCUUAUGUUAUUGCAGCUUUAAAGGUUUGUGUUUGGUGGAACCUGUCUUAGUUUCCAUUGAACAAUGAUAAUUUACUAAAGUUACAGAUGUGCUAGAUAGCUUUCAAAAGGAGAUCUGUGUGUAGUAAGUUUUUACAUUUUCCUUGAAACCACAUACCUUUGUUACAAUAGCAAAUGCCUGAAAGAUUUUUUAUCUACUGUUUUAAGUUAUUGAUUGUACAGAAUUUCUAAUCAAAACCAGCGGGAAAUCUAGCGAGAUGUCCUUAUUAGCAUUAUUUUGGUUAUAGAUUAUCAGGGUUCAUAUUUGUCCUGUCAAAUCAAAGUGCCAACGUGAUCUACACAAAUGCAUUCAAUGCAGACAAUUAUAUUUAUUUAGGUGUCCAUAACUUAUCAAGAGAAUACAAAAAUCCUAAUGAAAUAGCUAUAGUAUUUUCUUGAUAUCUCACUUGCUCACUUACAUUUUUUAUUUUACUUCAUUGGUAUUGCUAUCAGAAGUGAUAAAAUGAUACAUUUUAACAAUGAAUGAGACAAGUCUUUUGCAGCUGGGUCUACAACUGUUGUCUUUGUUAGGUGACAGCUUCUUCAGUGACCAAAGUGAACAAUCAGACCAGUAACCAGCUACAUUUUGGGUUAGAACCAUUGAAAACAGGGAUCACUAAUAAGUGAACAAUGUUUUAUUUAAUAAAACAUUUUUUUAGAUGUGUAA